CGCCCGCCUCCGAUGCCCUGCUCGUUUCCUCGCCCUCCUGCCCGAUCCUCCUCUUCCUGCCGAUCUCUCGCUCCCUCGUCCCUGUGCCUUUCCUGGGGACGCCGAUGGCUCUGGUGACGGACGUGCACCUCCUGCUUUUCCCGGCCGCGCUGUCUGAUCUGCGGGCGGUCACAUAACACUUGUUUGUUUUCUCCCCCCUUUCUCUUGCAAUGCCCUCCGCCUCGGUGCCGCUGCCGGGCGGCCUAGCCACCGCGGCCGGCCGACCGGCCGAGCCGGACGCCGUCUCGAUUGCCCUCGCCGAGCAGACGGUGGUCAUCCUGGCAGUAUGCAUCACCCUCGGCAUGAUGGUUCUCUUCCUGGCCCUGCUCGGGGUGGGGUAUCUGUAUGCGCGUGCCGUGCGCAAGCGCGUGCUCCACCAGCUGCGCUAUGGUUCGCAGUCCGAGGGCCUGGUGGCCGUGGAGGUGCCCUUCUCUCCGGCGGGUGUGAGCAUCGCCGGGGACCUUUCCUCCUCCUCGCUGGGGCUGGGCUCCAACUCCAGCACCGCCCUCACCGGGGGUAUGGACCUGUCGGAUGCCCUGCCGAUGGGGCGACCGGCCAGUCGGAUUUACCGCAGCCAGCCGGCGCCCCGCGGUGGGGACUACUUUGGCCGGCUGCAGCCGGCCGUCGAUCGGGCGGUUCUCUUUUUGUGGCCGCUGCCGGAGGACCUGGUCCCGCCCUCCAGACGUCGGGCCAUGGGGCCGGGCUUCCCGGGCCCGGGGCCGCCUCCCCCACGCCGGGCCCGGUCCGAUGAGGGGCUUCUGCGGGGGCUCUUCCGGCGGAAUGCCGCCGAGGCGGCGCACCCCCCCGGCCAGGAGGAUGCCAGCCCGGGCCCGGGUGCGGGCAUGGACCCCGGGGCGCUGCCGGGCCCCGGCGCCCGGGGGCCCCUGAACGCCCUGGAAGCCUUCGAAGAAAGCUACUGGUCUGUGUCCUCGGACGCCGACGCCGCCGACGUAGAUCUCAUGUCUUACGGCAUCCGCUUCCACUCGGUCAGGCUGGGCCACGACCCGGUCGGCCGGGCGGACACCGUCAACAGCGUGGCCGGGCGCCCGUUUGUCGCGCGCGUUGGGUAUGCCCCGAAGGCUUGCCCGGCCAGCGGGACGGUGCGCGACGAGCCGGUGUUCGCCUCGCUGGUGGUCCUGCCGCAGGCUCCGGCCCCGGUGGCCGUGGGCCGGGCACCUCCAACCCCGGGCCGGCCCUUUCCCGGGGGUGCUGAGCGCCCGGUCCCCCCGGCGGCCCUGGCCGAUGGCACCGGCGUGGCCAACCACCCCUUCGACUUGGAGGCGUGGUGCACCUGCCGGCGUGGCGACGCGACGUCCGCCUGCCCGGCGCACCCCAUGCCGCUGGACCACGUCGGCCUGACAUACUACCACUACACCGAGCCGGUGCUGGGGCCGGGCCCCGGCUCGGCCGAGGACCUGGAAAAGACGGAGCAGGACGACCCCCAGGAGCUGCCACUGGCCGGGGGGUCGUCUUCGCUGCGGGUUUUCUCGUCCUCCUCGCUGCCGGUGGUCCACUCGCCGCGCGAGGCCGGCGGCCUGGCCGGCCACGAAGCCGGCGGGGUGGCUGCCCACGCCGAGGGGUCUUCCUCCUCGGCGGACUUGCUGUGUAAGGCCGGUGCCCCGGAGCCGGUCUCCUUCACGCACAUGCCCCUGUCCCCGGGGGUGUCGUGGGCACCGGAUGAAGGGGGGGGCGUCUCUUCGGCAAGCCUGACGCUGGCUUGAUGUGUUCCCUGUCGCCGCCCUGUCUCUCUCUCUCUCUCUUUCUCU